AUGGCGUUGACGAUCGUGAGCACGCAAGUGCCCACGGGCGACGCGCCCAUCUGCGACGUGAUGCUGGAGCCUUACAUCGUGAUUAAGGAGGGCGACGGCCCGGGCACGGCGUGCCAUGUGCCUGACGAGGGGUGCCUGGAGUCUGGGGCCAGGUUCCGCCUGCGGUCGCGGUGGUUCAGGGCGAUGGUGCACGGCGGCAGCGCUGUGUGCAGCGUGCACCCCGACCGCGAAGCCACCAUCCAGUGCCUGCUGUGCCUGCGCGCGCACGCGCCGGCGCCGCUGAGCUUCCACUGCGGGCCGGAGUGCCUCAAGGAGCACUGGCGCAUGCACAAGGACGACUACCACCUCAGGCAGUACCAGAACGGAGGGGUGGAGAAUGGCUACGCCUCGAAUGGUUCAAGCUACAGGAACAGCAGCAGCCAUGAAGAGUGGGUGGAGGUUGGACGCUCACGAUGUUAUGUGCCCACAGCCGAAGAUGUUGGGUGUGUGCUGAAGUUUGAGUGCAGUAUAGCUGACUCGCACAGGCCAUAUUACCAGGACAUGGGGGGCCUGUGCAUGGGGAGCACCACCGCUCGGGUGCGGCCAGCGCCCCAGCCGCCCGUCAGGGCCAUCAUUCCCCUCAGACACCUUGCAGUUCCCAAGCUGCGGCAUGAAGGUCGCUUCACGGUUCUCACGUACAACAUCUUGGCAGAUCUGUAUGCAACGGGGGACGUGUAUGGCACGUAUUGCCCUGCUUGGGCGUUGUCCUGGCACUACAGGAGGCAGAACAUCAUCAAGGAGCUGGCUUGCUAUCGUGCGGACAUCGUCUGCCUGCAGGAGGUCCAGAGUGACCACUAUGAGGACCACGUCAGGGAUGCGAUGCAAGAGCUAGGAUACAUUGGGGUCUUCAAAAAGAAGACAACAGAGGUGUACACCGGAAGGGAGAUGGCCAUUGAUGGGUGUGCGACGUUCUACAGGAGAGACAGGUUCGCCCUCAUCAAGAAGUACGAGGUGGAGUUCAACAAGGCAGCCAUGUCCACUGCAAAUCAUUUUCCAGAACCUCAGAGAAAUGCUGCGCUGAACAGGCUGUCCAAGGACAACGUGGCAUUGAUUGUUGUCCUCGAGUCUGUUGCACCCAUGGCAGCCCGCCAAAAGCAGCUCAUCUGUGUUGCGAACACGCACAUACAUGCAAAUCCAGAGCAUUCAGACGUCAAACUCUGGCAGGUCCACACGCUGCUAAAGGGUUUGGAGAAAAUCGCAGCAAGUGCCGACAUUCCGAUCAUUGUGGCUGGCGAUUUCAACAGUGAACCUGGAAGUGCUGCCCACACGCUCAUGGUCACAGGAUCUAUUGACAAGACACACCCGGAAACUGCUCACGAUCCAGCUCAGUUCCUCCAAACGCUCCUCCCUGUGCAGCACAAGCUGUCACUGCGCAGUUCCUACUCUGCAGUGUUUGCUGGCAAUGCAAAAGACCUCGCUGUUCAGCAGCAGGCCAUGCGAAUGGACCCAAGGACACACGAACCACUGUUCACGAAUUUGAGGCGUGACUAUGGGGGCACGCUGGACUACAUAUUUUUCACCCCGACUCUUUUGACGCCCACAGCUCUUCUGGAGCUGCCAUCUGAGGAGGAAGUGGUGCGGGGCAAUUCAAGGGAUUCGGGUUUGCCAAAUGCUCGGUAUUCUUCUGAUCACAUAUCUCUAAUGGCAGAGUUUCAGCUUGUGAUUCCAUUCCAAUUGGAGUAG